GUUCAGUUCUAUUCUCUUUAAAAAAAUCUCUCUCUCUACACUCUUCUUCACUCUCCUGCUGCUUUUUUUUUAAAUUUCUGAUCCUUCUGUUUCCCGAAUAGACGUGAUCAAUCUCAAACCCUAGUUUCCGAUCAACGGAAGUGGAGAAAUGCUAGAUCACAGCGAGGAGGAAUAUUCGGAAACAAUGAAGAGAAGAGCUGGUGAUGCGAUCGAACAGAACAGGACUUGUAGUAACGAGAAGAAGACUUGCGCCGAUUGUGGUACGAGCAAAACUCCUCUUUGGCGUGGUGGUCCCGCCGGUCCAAAGUCGCUUUGUAACGCGUGUGGGAUCAGAAACAGGAAGAAACGACGAGGAGCAGAAGACAAGAAGCAGAAGAAAACAAACUCCGGCGGCGGCGGCGGCGGCGGCGGCGAUGUGAAAAGAAGCCCUAAAUUUGGUGAAUCAAUGAAACAGAGGAUAAUGGAUUUGGGGAUGACGAAGCGAUCGACGGUGGAGAAGCAGCUACGGAAGCUCGGGGAGGAAGAGCAAGCGGCGGUGCUUCUCAUGGCUCUCUCUUAUGGAUCAGUGUACGCUUAGGUGGUUUCUAGAUCCCACCAUUGAAGACGGUGGUGAUUUUUGAUAAUAACAAAAAUAUUAGGGUUUUUUUAAUGAAAUUCAGAGAGUAAAGGUGGUCAUUAACAAAAUGUGUAAUUUCUUUUUUUUUUUUGUUGAAAUUGUUUGCCUUUGUGUUCUUUUUUUUU